UGCUUGGCGGAGAUGCUACUCUGGGUUGGAGGGAGCGUGGUGCUGUCCUCAAGGUGGCAGCUUGGCCCACUGGUGGAGCGGUGCAUGAGUGCCAUGCAGGAGGGGACGCAGAUGGUGAAGCUCCGGGGCAGCUCCAAGGGCCUGGUCCGCUUCUACUACCUGGAUGAGCACCGCUCCUGCAUCCGCUGGCGGCCCUCCCGCAAGAACGAGAAGGCCAAGAUCUCCAUAGACUCCAUCCAGGAGGUGAGCGAGGGGCGACAGUCAGAGGUCUUCCAGCGCUACCCCGGGGGUAGCUUCGAUCCCAACUGCUGCUUUAGCAUCUACCAUGGCAGCCCCCGUGAGUCGCUCGACUUGGUCUCGGCCAGUGGAGACGAGGCACGCACCUGGGUCACUGGCCUUCGCUACCUCAUGGCUGGCAUCAGUGAUGAGGACAGCCUGGCCCGCCGCCAGCGAACCAGGGACCAAUAUCCUUGGUGGCUGAAGCAGACGUUUGACGAGGCGGACAAGAACGGGGACGGCAGCCUGAGCAUUGGUGAGCUCCUGCAGCUGCUGCACAAGCUCAACGUGAACCUGCCACGCCAGCGGGUGAAGCAGAUGUUCAGGGAAGCAGACACAGAUGACCACCAGGGGACACUGGGCUUUGAGGAGUUCUGCGCCUUCUACAAGAUGAUGUCUACUCGUCGGGACCUCUACCUGCUCAUGCUGACCUACAGCAACCACAAGGACCACCUGGAUGCUGCUGACCUGCAGCGCUUCCUAGGGGUGGAGCAGAAGAUGAUGGAUGUGACCCUUGAAAGCUGCCAGGACAUCAUUGAGCAGUUUGAGCCAUGCCCAGAAAACAAGAGUAAGGGGCUGCUGGGCAUUGAUGGCUUCACCAACUACACCAGGAGCCCCGCGGGCGACAUCUUUAACCCCGAGCACUAUCGUGUGCACCAGGACAUGACACAGCCGCUGAGCCACUACUUUAUCACCUCCUCCCACAAUACCUACCUCGUGGGCGACCAGCUCAUGUCCCAGUCUCGAGUGGACAUGUAUGCCUGGGUCCUGCAGGCUGGCUGCCGCUGCGUGGAGGUGGACUGCUGGGAUGGUCCUGAUGGGGAACCCAUCGUGCACCAUGGCUACACCUUGACCUCCAAGAUCCUCUUCAAAGACGUCAUUGAAACCAUCAACAAAUACGCCUUCAUUAAGAAUGAGUACCCAGUGAUUCUGUCCAUUGAGAACCACUGUAGUGUCAUUCAGCAGAAGAAAAUGGCCCAGUACCUAACUGACAUCCUUGGGGACAAGCUGGACCUGUCGUCCGUGAGCAGUGAGGAUGCCACCUCGCUUCCCUCUCCACAGAUGCUGAGGGGCAAGAUCUUGGUGAAGGGGAAGAAGCUCCCGGCCAACAUCAGUGAGGAUGUAGAGGAGGGUGAGGUGUCAGACGAGGACAGCGCUGAUGAGAUGGACGAUGAUUGCAAGCUGCUCAACGGAGAUGCCUCCACCAAUCGGAAGCGUGUAGAAAACAUUGCUAAGAGGAAAUUGGACUCCCUAAUCAAGGAGUCAAAGAUCCGGGACUGUGAAGACCCCAAUGCUUUCUCUGUCUCCACAAUGACCCCCUCUCGGAAGCCGGGGCGCCGAGCAGAGGGCAAGAAGGGCCAGAGCAAGGCAGAGGGUGAUACGGAGUCUGGAGAAGACACCGGGGCCAAUAGACGAAACAGCAGCCUCCUCGUGAGCAGCUUCUCCAAGCGCAAGAAAAAGGGAGGCAAGCUGAGGCCCACAGCCAGCCUGGAGGAGGGAGCCUCGGACACAGACUCCCCAGAGCGCCAGAGCCGAGGGACAACUCGGCAGAAGAAGACCAUGCAGCUGUCCCGGGCUCUCUCGGACCUGGUCAAAUACACCAAGUCUGUGGGCACCCAUGACGUGGACAUGGAAGUGGCGUCCAGCUGGCAGGUGUCCUCCUUCAGUGAGACCAAGGCCCACCAGAUCCUGCAGCAGAAGCCGGCCCAGUACCUACGUUUUAACCAGCACCAGCUCUCCCGUGUCUACCCCUCCUCCUACCGGGUGGAUUCCAGCAACUACAACCCACAGCCCUUCUGGAACGCAGGCUGUCAGAUGGUCGCCCUGAACUACCAGUCUGAGGGACGGAUGCUGCAGCUGAACAGGGCCAAGUUUAGCGCCAAUGGCAACUGUGGCUAUGUGCUGAAACCCCCGUGCAUGUGCCAGGGCAUCUUCAACCCCAAUUCUGAGGACCCCCUGCCUGGGCAGCCUAAGAAGCAGCUGGCUCUGCGCAUCAUCAGUGGGCAGCAGCUCCCCAAGCCGCGGGACUCAAUGCUGGGGGAUCGGGGAGAGAUCAUUGACCCCUUCGUGGAGGUGGAGAUCAUCGGGCUCCCAGUGGACUGUAGCAAAGAGCAAACCCGCGUGGUGGACGACAAUGGAUUCAACCCCAUGUGGGAGGAAACCCUGGUGUUCACAGUGCACAUGCCUGAGAUUGCGCUGGUACGCUUCCUCGUCUGGGACCACGACCCCAUCGGGAGGGACUUCAUUGGCCAAAGGACGCUGGCCUUUAGCAGCCUGAUGCCAGGCUAUCGGCACGUGUACCUAGAGGGGAUGGAAGAGGCCUCCAUUUUCGUGCACGUGGCUGUCAGUGACAUCAGUGGUAAGGUCAAGCAGGCUCUGGGCCUAAAAGGCCUCUUCCUCCGUGGCCCAAAGCCCGGCUCUCUGGACAGUCAUGCUGCUGGACAGCCCCUGCCCCGGCCCUCCGUUAGCCAGCGGCUCUUGCGGCGCACAGCCAGUGCCCCGACGAAGAGCCAGAAGUCUGGCCGCAAAGGCUUCCCAGAGCUGGUCCUGGGCAAGCAGGACUCGGGCUCUGAGAGGGCAGCCCACAACAUAGCACCCCCCAGCCCCGGCCCUGCUCAGGAGGCCCCGGCUUGGGAGGGACCCAGCUGCAGUAGCCCCCGAGGUGUCCACCCCUUCUCCCUGCAGAGGUCCGUCUCCCCCCUGUGCAGCCUGGAGACCAUUGCUGAGGAGCCAGUCCUGGGCCCCGGCCCUACCAGCCCCUCUCAGGAAGGGUCCCAGGACCCCGCAGGCCCCACAGCCAACGUGGCCAGCUCCAUGGGGAUGGCACUGGGGGCUUCUGUGCCCCUCCAGCUCAGGACUGGGAGCCCUGGGGUCACCGAGGAGCCCCCAGAGGGCAGGUGGCAGCCGUGUGAUAGUGGAGGCCCCAGUGGGGCAUGCAAGGGGGCCCCUGGCAGCCAAAAGGACAGCAGGAGCCAACCCCAGGCCCCGGGCCAUCUGCCCACAAUUAGAAGGGCCAAGAGUGAGGGGCAGGUGCCCAUGGAGCCGUCUCCGGCCCCUGCUGUGUACUCAGAUGCCACAGGCAGUGAUCGGCUGUGGCAGCGGCUAGACCCGGGAAGCCACCUUGACAGCGUGUCCUCAUCUUCCAGUAUGUCAUCCAAUGACACUGUCAUCGACCUCUCCCUGCCGAGCCUGGGCCUGGGCCGCAGUGGAGAAAGCCUUGUGGGGGUCCCUGUGGGACGCCUGCCUCCAAGGCUCCGCCCAGACCUGCUGCCUGUGACCAAGAGCAAAUCCAACCCCAACCUGUGGGCUGCAGUCCAGCCGGCCCCUGUGCCUGACCAGCUGCGGCCCCGACCUCUGGCCCCAAGGCUGACAGGCCUCCAUCCCCAACCAUGCUGGGGCCGCCUCUCCCUGGGGGGUCUGCAGGACUGCCCCGUGGCCACCAAGUCCAAGAGCCUGGGAGACCUGACCGCCGAUGACUUUGUCUCCAGUUUCAAAGGCAGCUCCCACAGCCUGAGACGCAGUUUGGGGCCCCUGGGUGGGGCGCAGCAGGCAGCAGGUGCGGGGCCUCAGCAGGAUGCCCUGACAGAGCAGCUGCGCCGCCUCACGGGCUUCCAGAGGGCAGGGGACAUCACAUCGCCCACCAGCCUAGGGCUGGCUGGAGAGGGGGCUGCAGGGGGCCCCAGCUUCCUGCGCCGCUCUUCCUCCCGCAGCCAGAGUCGCGUGCGUGCCAUUGCCAGCCGGGCCCGCCAGGCCCAGGAGCGGCAGCAGAAGCUACAGGGCCUGGGCCCACGGGGUCCCCCUGAGGAGGAGCGGGGCACCCCUGAGGGCGCCUGUUCUGUGGUCCACGAGCGCUAUGCGGAUGUGCUAACCCCUACCAAGGGAGCCCCCGAGCAGGUGUCCGGGGCAGCUGAGGGCCUGCGCCUCCUGAGACUCUGA